AUGGCCUCAGGGUCACCAUCCACAGAUCUGGAAGAGGAAGUCAUCUGUCCCAUCUGCCUGGAGUGCCUAACAGAACCUGUUACCCUGGACUGUGGCCACAAUUUCUGUCGGGGUUGCAUCACUGACUACUGUGAUAAAUGGGAAGGACUGGGGCACCUGGAGUGUCCUGUCUGCAAAGCUGAGAUACAGAAAGGGAAUUUCCGCUCAAACUGGCAGCUGGCAAACUUGGUAGAAAAAAUAAAAGAGAAGAGAUUUUGGAGAGUUUGCCAGAAGCACCAGGAGCCGCUGAAGCUCUUCUGCAAGGACGAAGAAGCCCUCAUCUGUUGGGUCUGUGAUCGAUCCAAGGAGCACAGAGAUCAUGAAACCCUUCCUCUUGAGGAGGCCUCCCAAGAGUACAAGGAUCAGUUCUGCAACCGCCUGGAGGUGCUGAAGAAGGAGAGAGAAAGAAUUGUGGCAUAUAAAGCAGAGGUAGUGAAGGAAAGCCAAGACCUGCUCGAGCAAACCUCAGGAGAGAAGCAAGAGAUGGCAGCAGAGUUCAGACAACUACACUCAUUUCUGGAGGAGCAAGAGAAACGUCUCCUGGCCCAGAUGGAAGAGGUGGAGAAGGAGGUGGCAAGAAACAGGGACCAGCAUCUGGCCGCACUCUCUGAGGAGCUCUCCUUUCUGGACAGCCUCAUUCGGGAGAUGGAGGAGAAGUGUCAGCAGCCAGCCAGUGAACUCCUGCAGGAUGCCAGAAGCACCUUGCAGAGGUAUGAAGAAAAGGAGGCGUUUGAGGAUCCAGCGGCUUUUCCUCUUGCACUGAAGUGGCGGAUCUGGGAACUCACGGACUUAAAUCCCCUUUUGGAGGGCUUCAAGAAGCAAUUCAAAGACACUCUGGAUUCUGGACUUCACCUGCAGAAAGCAAAUGUGACUCUGGAUCCAGACACGGCCCAUCCCAACGUUGUUCUGUCUGAGGAUCGGAAAAGCGUGAGAUGGGGAGAAAAAGCUCAGUCUCUGCCCAGCAACCCUAAGAGAUUUUCCACACGUUACAUUGUUCUGGGCCGUGAGGGAUUCACAGCAGGCCGCCAUUUCUGGGAAGUCCUUGUGGGAAGUGAGGAAGAAUGGUUUGUGGGGGUGGCCAGAGAGUCCGUGAGGAGGAAGGGAGUUUUUUUCCUUAGUCCUGAGGAAGAGAUCUGGGUUGUGGGGAAGUGGAGGGGUGACUACUGGGCUGUCUUAAAAGGCCAAAACCUUCCCCUGUCCCUGACCUGGGAGCCCAAGAGGAUCCGAGUCACACUGAACUACGCUGGGGGCCGAGUGGCCUUUUUCGACGCUGACCGAGGAUCCCUCCUCUACGAGUUCUCCGGAGCCUCCUUCCGUGGAGAGACCCUCCUGCCCUACUUUGAGGUGUGUUCAAAAGCCCAUCUUAAAGUCUCUCCUUAA